UAAUUAUAUUAUCAGUUACCAAAUCAAUAACUGCUAAUAAAUCUGAUAGACCUAUUGUAUCGAUUCGUGGUAAUGAAUAUAAUGCUAUUGUCAUUCAUGAUGAAGAAAUAAAUACUAUCAGCUAUAAUAUUUUUCAAAAGGAACAAUUAUUUUGCAUUUCAAUGCAAUCAUAUUUUCUGCUUUUAAGAAAGCAGAUUGCAUGA